GCCCGAAGUCUGGGAGGGAGAGUAGGAGGCUGGGGAGCAAGGAGGGCGGCCGCUGAGCGAGGGGCCCGCCGCGGCAGGCAGGCAGUGCCAGAUCCGGGGAGCCCGCAGCCGGGGGGGAGGGCCGGGGACAGCCCGGCCCUGCCCCCUCUCCCGCGGGGCGCCCAGCAACUUCUGAGGAAAGUUUGGCAUCGUUUGCGUGGUGCCCCGAGGAUGGGCAGGGUCCCGCUGGCCUGGUGCUUGGCGCUGUGCUGCUGGGGGUGCCUGGCCCCCCCGGCAGGCACACAGGCUGAGGCAGACCCCUUUGUGGGGAGUCCAAGGAACAUCACCGGUGCCCGAGGACUCACCGGGGCCCUUCGGUGUGAGCUCCAGGUUCAGGGGGAGCCCCCUGAGGUGACGUGGCUUCGGGAUGGACAGGUGCUGGAGCUGGCGGACAGUACCCAGACCCAGGUGCCCCUGGGUGAAGACGGGCAGGAUGACUGGAAGGUGGUCAGCCAACUCAGAAUCUCAUCCCUGCAGCUCUCAGACGCCGGGUGGUACCAAUGUGCCGUGGUCCUGGGAGGAAAGACCUUCGUGUCGCAGCCUGGCUACGUUGGGCUGGAGGGCCUGCCUUACUUCCUGGAGGAGCCCGAGGACAGAACCGUGGCCGCCAAUACCCCCUUUAACCUGAGCUGCCGGGCUGAGGGACCCCCAGAGCCUGUGGAUCUACUCUGGCUCCAGGAUGCCGUCCCCCUACCUCUAGCCACGACCCACAGUGCCCAGCACACGCUGCGCAUUCCAGGCUUGAACAAGACAUCUUCUUUCUCCUGUGAAGCCCAUAAUGCCAAGGGGGUCACCACAUCCCGCACAGCCACCAUCACAGUGCUCCCCCAGCGGCCCCGCAACCUCCACCUGGUUUCCCGCCAGCCCACAGAGCUGGAGGUGGCUUGGACUCCAGGCCUGAGUGGCAUCUAUCCCCUCACGCACUGCACCCUGCAGGCUGUGCUGUCAGAUGAUGGGGUGGGUGUCCAGCUGGGAGAGCCAGACCCCCCGGAGGAGCCUCUCACCUUGCAAGCGUUUGUCCCCCCUCACCAACUUCGGCUGGGCAGCCUCCAUCCUCACACUCCUUACCACAUCCGGGUGGCCUGUACCAGUAGCCAGGGGCCCUCACCCUGGACCCACUGGCUUCCUGUGGAGACACCAGAGGGAGUGCCCCUGGGUCCCCCCGAGAACGUUAGCGCCUUGCGGAAUGGGAGCCAAGCCCUCGUGCGUUGGCAGGAGCCAAGGGCGCCCCUGCAGGGCACCCUGUUAGGGUACCGGCUGGCCUACCGAGGCCAGGACACCCCCGAGGUGCUCAUGGACAUAGGGCUAAAGAGAGAGGUGACCCUGGAGCUGCAAGGGGAUGGGACGGUGCCCAACCUGACAGUGUGUGUGGCAGCCUACACUGCUGCUGGGGAUGGACCCUGGAGCCUCCCUGUGCCCCUGGAGCCCUGGCGCCCAGGGCAAGGACAACCAAUCCACCAGCUGGUGAGUGAGCCCCCAGCCCCUGCCUUCUCAUGGCCCUGGUGGUAUGUAUUGCUGGGAGCAGUCGUGGCUGCCGGUUGUGUCCUCAUCUUGGCCCUGUUCCUUGUCCACCGGCGGAAGAAGGAGACCCGCUAUGGAGAGGUGUUUGAACCAACAGUGGAGAGGGGUGAGCUGGUGGUUAGGUACCGUGUUCGCAAGUCCUACAGUCGCCGGACCACUGAAGCCACCUUGAACAGCCUGGGCAUCAGUGAAGAGCUGAAGGAGAAGCUUCGGGAUGUGAUGGUGGACCGGCAUAAGGUGGCGCUGGGGAAGACCCUGGGAGAAGGAGAAUUUGGAGCAGUGAUGGAGGGCCAGCUCAACCAGGAUGACUCUAUCCUCAAGGUGGCUGUGAAGACAAUGAAGAUUGCUAUCUGCACAAGGUCGGAGCUGGAGGAUUUCCUGAGUGAAGCUGUCUGCAUGAAGGAAUUUGACCACCCCAACGUGAUGAGGCUCAUUGGCGUCUGUUUCCAGGGUUCCGAACGAGAGGGCUUCCCGGCACCGGUGGUCAUCUUACCUUUCAUGAAGCAUGGAGACCUGCACAGUUUCCUUCUCUAUUCCCGGCUUGGGGACCAGCCAGUGUUCCUGCCCACUCAGAUGCUGGUGAAGUUCAUGGCAGACAUCGCCAGUGGCAUGGAGUAUCUGAGUACCAAGAGAUUCAUACACCGAGACCUGGCCGCCAGGAACUGCAUGCUGAAUGAGAACAUGUCCGUGUGUGUGGCGGAUUUUGGGCUUUCCAAGAAGAUCUACAAUGGGGACUACUACCGCCAGGGACGCAUCGCCAAGAUGCCAGUCAAGUGGAUUGCCAUUGAGAGCCUGGCUGACCGUGUCUACACCAGCAAGAGUGAUGUGUGGUCCUUUGGGGUGACGAUGUGGGAGAUUGCUACACGGGGCCAAACCCCAUAUCCAGGAGUGGAAAACAGCGAGAUUUACGACUACCUGUGCCAGGGAAAUCGACUAAAGCAGCCUGUGGGCUGUCUGGAUGGACUGUAUGCCCUGAUGUCCCGGUGCUGGGAGCUAAACCCCCGGGACCGGCCGAGUUUCUCAGAGCUUCGGGAAGAUCUGGAGAACACACUGAAAGCCCUGCCCCCUGCCCAGGAGCCCGAGGAAAUCCUCUAUGUCAACAUGGAUGAGGGUGGGAGUCAUUCUGAACCACUUGGAGCUGCUGGAGGAGCUGACCCCCCAACUCAGCCUGACCCCAAGGAUUCCUGCAGUUGCCUCACCGCGGCUGAGGUCCAUCCUGCUGGACGCUAUGUCCUCUGCCCUUCUACAGCCCCUGGCCCCGCCCUGCCUACCGACAGGAGCUCCCCAGCUCCUCCAGGGCAGGAGGAUGGAGCCUGAGACAUCGCUCCACCUGGGACUCCUUCUCAGGACCCAAGCUAGGCACUGCCACUGGGGGAGCCUCCCCCCCAACUAUUUCACCACUCCAGGCCUCAUCCUCGACUAUAGCCUUCUCUUCCUACCCUAUUCCACUUCCAUCCCAGAUGGAUCUUCUCUUUUCUUCAUGCCUUAGUGUCCCCAUGUGUAAAAGGAAGCGGUUGGGCUGCAAUCCCUAGGGGUCCUCCCAGGUCUCAUAUUCCAAGAUUCUAGAUUCUAAGGUUCAAAGAGUCUAGAUGUAAAGGUUCUAAGUUUCAAAGAUGUUAUUAGUCUUUGGCUCUAAGGACUUAAAAUCCCAAAGUCUCUAAUUCUAAAGUGCAGGACUUAAAAUCCCAAAGUCUCUAAUUCUAAAGUGCAGGACUUAAAAUCCCAAAGUCUCUAAUUCUAAAGUGCUAAGGUUCCAGACAUGGAAGUUGUGAGGCCUAUAUUCUAAGGUUCUAAGAGUCCAUGGCUCUAGAUUUUUCUGAUUCCAGGAUUCUUUUUUUUUUUUUUUUUUUGAUUCCAGGAUUCUUGAUAAAGCCCACAAGAUUUUAAGUUCUGAAGCUCUAAGAUUCUAGUUCUAAGACCCAAGGCUCUAUGAUUCUAGAUUUUGUUUUUCUAGGGUUCAGAGUCCUCAGAGUAUAAGAUUCUAGAUUCUGCAAUUCUAGACAUGGAGAUUCUAAGGCCUAAUGUUUUAAAAUUUGAUGUUCUAAGCCUCUUAGACUGUAAAUCCUCUGGCUGUAAGACUCUAUAUCGUAAGGCUUCUAGAUUUUUGUCUUCUCAAGUUCUAAGAUUCUAAUAAUGGUUAAUUAUAAGUUCUAAGGCUUUAUGAUCCUUGAAACUCUUAUUAUGAGAUUCUGGAUGCUAAAGAUUUAAGAUUCUAAAAUCUGCCAUUCAAAAGUUCUAAGAGUCUAAAGAUGGAGGCCCAGAGGUCUAAUGUUCUAAGAUGUGGUGUUCUAAGACUUAGUCUAAGAACCUAGAUUCUGUGUCUAAGAUUCUAGACCAUAUGCUUCAAGAUUCUAGAUUAUUAAACUCUAAGAUUCUAA